AUGGUCGAGGGCGGCGUUACCAUCGUCAAGUACCUCCUCUUCCUCGCCAACCUCGUACUAUGGGUCCGUUUACUCUUCGGGGGAAAGCUUUUUUCAUUUUCGGCAGAGAACUUUAAUGAUUUUUGAAAAGUCUGACCUGUCCGCUCGAACUUUUAACUGUACUAAGGAAAUGCAGAGUGGUCCCUAUAGGGGUUAGGGAGAGAACAACCCUGACAGGGACCGAGAAAUUGGUCCUAUAGGGGAAAAAUUAAGAUGGUACCUAUAGGGAUUUAGGGUCUGAUCCCUUAGCCCCUUAAACCCAAGUGGACCCUAUAGGGAUCUUUCAAUUUCAUUCAAUAUUCAGUUUUUCCGAUGGCUUCUUUGCUUAGAGUUCAUGAAAAUUACCGAAUCGCAUGUCCCCCAUAGGGACCACUAAAUAAAACCCCUAUAGGAACCAUUUUUUCGAGCUUUAGUGGCCCUUAUAGGGUUGGUAAAGAAGCCCCUGGAGGACACCCUCCAAAGCAAACUAUAGCCAUCUCUCCAGAAGUGUAGUCUCAUCGCUCCUUCAAUUUUUGAGCUUUUGUUCCGCGAAAGGCUCAAAUUUAAUUGCGAAUCGGAAACACGAGACUUUCCAAAGUUCCUCAAAUCAAGUCUCCAGAGUGAGCUUUGCGGAAAAAUGAAAAGUUGUUGGUCAAAUUUUGAAGCUUUUCCUCUAAGAAAAAUAAUUUUGAAAUUUUUUCAGUGCGGCGGUUUGUUUCUCAUCAUUGUCGGCUCAAUCAUGCAGCUGAAAUUCGCCGGAGUUUUGGACAUUUUAGGCGACGAAAGGUUGGUUUUCAGUGGAUUCUCGAGUCGCAAUCGAUGAAUAUAAUUUAUUACUGGACGAUGCCUUUUUUUGGAUCUCAUAACUUGCUGAAAUUGUUAAGAGAAGUUGACAAGGUAUUUGAUGUCAUCUUAUGAUUUAGGAUUCCCAAAAAAUAGACCAGAACACUCCUUGGUGUACUUUAAAAUCUGAGCCUGCAUUUUUUAGUUUUUUGAAAAAAGACAUCUCGAGAAAACCCUUCAAACUCCUUGAAAUAGGCUGUUUUUGGGUUUUGAGCCGUUGUUUCUCGAAAACCAGGAAGCUGUGCAGGUUGAGAUUUUGAGCAUCCUCUUUUUAGAAGUAAAAUUACCUUCCUUGUGAAGCUAGGAACUUUUGAAAGCCAAAAUAGUAAGUUUGUUCACAUCCAGGUUGGCGACCCCGGUGAUUCUUCUGGUGAUGGGCUCAUUGUGCACUCUUCUCGGGUUCCUCGGGUGCUGCGGAGCCAUCCGCGAGAACUACUGUCUCACAGUCUCCUUCGCCGUACUUCUCGCUUUAGUUAUUGUGAGUUAUUUCCGGAUUUUCAGGCCUUUGUCCAUUUCUUUAGAUGUUGAAAUGAAAUCUUGCCUUCGAAGUUAUCGGUAUCAAAAAAAAAGGACGAUAAAGGAAUUGAAGCUCGUAGAAUUCAAUUUAUUUUAACUUUAAAAAUUGGCCGUUUGUUGUUUUUAAUCCGCCACGACUUGAAAUACUUUGUUUCCCGUUUCGAAUGGCUCAACGCAUUGUGGUCGCGCUGCAGUUGGCUUUAAAAGUUUCAGACCGGAACUGAAAUAUUGGAAGCCUUUUGUUUAAAAUACUUUAAUUUUGCCAGAAACUACUCGCAGUUUUUCAAAAUUUUUUAUAAUCAAUCAUUCUCGACUUGAAAGACGAGAUGUAAGGGCGACGCGUUGCGUGUGCGACGCGGCUCUUGGCGGAGACCUCGAUGUCAAAUACGAGUCUCAAUUUUCUUCUCCUUUUUCUGACUCUUUUUCAAUAAAUUUAUUUUUCAUGGAGCUGUGAAAGCCCAGUUGAACGAAUGAAAGCUUAAAAAGUAUUGAAAUACUCAAUUUUUUUCAUGAUUAUAUUUGAACUCGAGAUCCCCGCCAAAAACCGCGUCGCACACGCAACGCGUCACCCUUUGCCAAUCUACCCAUCUCCAUUUCAACUCGAGAAAAAAAUGGACUAUAAAGAAAAAUUUUUUUAAUUAAUAUUCAAUCCGAAAAAUCCGCUCAAUUUCUACUUUCUCUCUGGCCAAGACUUACCGAACUGAUGUUUAUCGAAUUUUUCUCACCAAAAUCAUUAAAUUUGACGUUUUUUUUCAGCAAGUUAUUUGAUCAAAAACUUCCGCUUUCCUUAUAUAACCCAACAGAAAUCAACGAAAUCCAAAACCUUGUUGAAUAAUAUUGCUUACUCGGCACACAAUCCCAUUGUUUUGCCCCCGAGCAAACUCAUGACAAAAAAAUAUUUUUUUCACAGAAAAAAUUUUUUUUUAAUAGGAAAAAAAUUUUUUUAGGCUUGUGAAACGGCGAUGGUAAUCAUCGCAUACGCUCUGCACGACAAUUUCCGAGAAGGAAUCACUAAUCAACUUCAGGUGAUAGUUCAAUCGAUAAAAAUAAAAAGAAGGUCUUGAAAGUUUACAUUUAUAAAUUAUUUUUUUGAAGCAUUUUUUUUCCUCAGCUUGAAGUUCGAAGUUUCUCGAAAAAAACUUUCCCUUUUAUUUGGUCAAUUUUGAAGUAUUUUUUGAGUUAUAGCUUUUGACUCUUUUUAUUACGUCUAAAACUCUUCUUUCCGCACACUGUCUCGUAAAUGUGUGCAGUUCCUCAUGAAGAAAAUCUCUAGCCAGUACGGAAUAAACUUUUGAAAAAUUGUCUGUGGCAAGUCAAAAACGGAUUCAUGGAUUCAGCUUUUUCAUAUUUAUUCAGAGCAUAUUGAAUACCUCUUCCUCUUGUAUCCAUUAGAAAAUAAUCGCAGUUUUCCAUUCCUUGAUUUCUCAUUGUUUUUUGCUGCAGUUUCUAAUGAAAUUUUUUUUACAGACGGGACUUCUUCGGUAUAAUCGGAGUAGCGGUGUUCAACAAGCUUGGGACAGAGCGCAACAGGUUCUUUUUUUUGAAACAGUUUGGAAAAUGAAUGGAUGAUUCAUACUUAAAAAUCAAACACACAGUGUCUAUUUUUUGGAGAAACACUUUCGCGAAAACUUUUCGAGGCGCCUAUGAGAAUCUUUCGAAAAUUUGAAAUGAAAGAGGGACUGUUUGAGGUGCUGGAGUGCUGCGGAGCGACCAACUCGAGCGACUGGGCGAGUCUUGGCUCCGUGCCAGACUCCUGUUGUGUCGUGGCGAUGGAGGGGUGCGCCCGCGAGAACGCGCCUCUCCAUGGCGUCGGCUGCAUCGAAAAAGUCGAAGGUUCUUUCCAGAAUAAUUAAUUUUGAUAAAAUAUAUUCAUGGGUUAUUUGAGUAGGGACCGCAAGCCAUUUCUUCAGAACGAUUCAAAAAAAUAUGUUUUUUUCACAUUGUUCGAUAGAGGAGACUGUCCAUUUUCAUAAUCCGUUUAGUGUUUGAAAAAAAGCUCCACUAAGAAAAAAAGUUAUGGCCAAAAAAACUAGCGCGCGCGGCGUACAACUGGAGGCAAAAAUCUCACGGUUUUCCCGCUGCCGCACGCUUUCUUUUUAAAUGUUUUUUUGCGCGUUUCUGGACCGUUUUUAAAUCGGUUUUCUGUUUUUGAGAAGUUGUCGAACUGAGCCUCAUGUUUUUGGUAUGAAUCUUUUUGUACAAUCCUCAUAAGAAUUUUUGAUAAAAAUAUCAAAAAAACUACCUAGAAAAAAAGGUCAAAGGGAUUUUUUUCAGCUUAUUUUUUUCUUUUUUUUCUACUCAGAAAAAAAUUAUUAUCAUUCGAUUUGGAAAAAAAGAAAAAAAUGAAAAAAAUAAUGUUAUUUCGAAAUAAAACAGGAAAAAAAGUGCAAUUUGACUCCGAAAAAAACGGCUCCUGCAACAUUUAAAAGGGCGCAUCGGUGUGUUUGACGCAAACACUGCUACGGACACUUGCACGAAAUCUUCCGAAAUUUCAAAAAAAUUGCUAUUUUUUUCGAGGUUUUUCAAAGCCGUUAUUUUUUUCGCGUCGAUCGAUUUUUUUCAUAAUUUUUUUCAUUGGUAGAGUUUUUGAACGCUUAAUAACAUAAUCAAAAGUAUAGACGCGAUCCUAUUCUCUCAUGCGUCAACGAGGCAGGCGAAAAAAGGAGGUUUUGGUAAAAUUCAAAUAUAAUUUGAUUCGCUGUCCCAAUAAUUAUUUUCAUUUUGAAUUUUUAUUUUUGGACACACUGUUAGUUUUUAAAUCGAAUAAAAAGUAUACCAUGUCGCUGAAAUUUUUUCGCAUUUCAGCUUCAAAGUUUGGUGUCACUUUACAAGCUUUAAUAUUUUUUUCGCGUCGGUAGAUUUUUUUUAUUUUCACUCAAAAAAUAAAGAAAGUGUAAAUGUAUAACAUAUUUAAAAUUUAGAAGCGUUCCUCACUUGGUUUUCUGAAACGCGACGUUUUUGUGAAACUUGUCAGUUUUUUUCGUGUUAAAUCUUACUUUUUUUCGCUUAUUUUUUUGAAAAAAACAUAGUUUUUUUAAAAAUAUUCAGUCUUGUAGAGCGUUGUCGAUUACAUAGAUUAGCAGAAACAGUUCAUUUUUAAAGUGGGACUUUAGCUAGUAUAAACGCCUCAAAACCGUUUUUGCAACAAAAAAAUCGUCAAAUCGGUGGCGUGAGGGGGCAGGGCUUUGCGCCCCCUAUAUUUGAGCUACAGCAUUGUGUAGGUGUAUAAAGUUCCAAUUUUUCGUCUUUUUAGGAAUUGUCCUAAAUUGCUCUAUCAAUUAGGAAUUGUUCUAAAUUGCUGUUUUUCAACUGUUUUAUCUAGGGGGCGCAAAGCCCCGCCCCUUCACGCCACCAAAAUGACGAUUUUUUUGUUGCAAAAACGGUUUUGAGGCGUUUAUACUAGCUAAAGUCCCACUUUAAAAAUCAACUGUUUCUGAAAACCUAUGUAAUCGACAACGCUCUACAAGACUGAAUAUUUUUUUAAAACUAUGUAUUUUUUUUCAAAAAAAUAAGCGAAAAAAAGUAAGAUUUAACACGAAAAAAACUGACAAGUUUCACAAAAAUCGUCGCGUUUCAGAAAAACCAAGUGAGGAACGCUUCUAAAUUUUUAGUAUGUUAUACAUUAACACUUUCUUUAUUUUUUUGAGUGAAAAUGAAAAAAAUCUACCGACGCGAAAAAAAUAUUAAAAGCUUGUAAAGUGACACCAAACUUUGAAGCUGAAAUGCGAAAAAAAUUUCAGCGACAUGGUAUACUUUUUAUUUGAUUUAAAAAACUAACAGUGUGUCCAAGAAUAAAAAAAUUCAAAAUGAAAAAUAAUUAUUGGGACAGCGAAUCAAAUUAUAUUUGAGUUUUACCAAAACCUCCUUUUUUUCGCCUGCCUCGUUGACGCAUGAGAGAAUAGGAUCGCGUCUAUAUUUUUUUGAUUAUGUUAUUAAGCGUUCAAAAACUCUAUCAAUGAAAAAAAUUAUGAAAAAAAUCGAUCGACGCGAAAAAAAUAACGGCUUUGAAAUCCUCGAAAAAAAUGGCAAUUUUUGAAAUUUCGGAAGAUUUCGUGCAAGUGUCCGUAGCAGUGUUUGCGUCAAACACACCGAUGCGCCCUUUUAAAUGUCGCAGGAGCCGUUUUUUUCGGAGUCAAAUUGCACUUUUUCCUGUUUUAUUUCGAAAUAACAUUAUUUUUUUCAUUUUUUUCUUUUUUUCCAAAUCGAAUGAUAAUAAUUUUUUUCUGAGUAGAAAAAAAGAAAAAAAUAAGCUGAAAAAAAUCCUUUUGACCUUUUUUUCUAGGUAGUUUUUUUUGAUAUUUCAUCAAAACUUCUUAUGAGGAUUGUACAAAAGAUUCAUACCAAAAACAUGAGGCUCAGUUCGGACAACCUCUCAGAACAGAAAAACCGAUUUAAAAAAACGGUUCAGAAACGCGCAAAAAAACAUUUAAAAAGAAAGCGUGCGGCAGCGGGUAAACCGUGAGAUUUUUGCCUCCAGUUGUACGCCGCGCGCGCUCGUUUUUUGGCCAUAACUUUUUUCUUAGUGAACCUUUUUUCAAAAACUAAACGGAUUAUGAAAAUGGACAGUCUCCCCUAUCGAACAAUGUGAAAAACAUAUUUUUUGAAUCAUUCUGAAGAAAUGGCUUGCGGACCCUAGUUUUAUCCACACCUUAUGCAUUUAUGGUUACAAAAGAAUUUGAAAACAGACCCAGCUUUAAUAUUCAAUAGAACUUAGCAGAGAGGUACAUUCAGGCCUCCUUUAUAUCCAGAGGUUUCGGGGCUUUUGCCUUUGGGCCGAUUUAUGGAGCUUCAGACUAACAAGCCAGAAAUGAUUUGCAGUACAAGAGUUCUUCUAGUUUUUAGAUAAAAAUGUGCUUUUUUUCCGAGUGAAAUUCUUUUUUUUAAACUCAAAAAGGCGUUUAUAGGAUUUUAAACUUGCUAGUUUCUAGAAAUUUUCAAAUAUAAUUUUUUUGAACGAUCUGCGGAAGUUUUUUUUACUUUGAAGUUUCCUCGAAAUUUUUAAUGUUUUCAGUUAAAAAAGAGCCUUUUCAGCAUGGGUAAUGUUCAACUCGGAGAUUGUGGGCGGAGCCUCGGCGGUUCUGGCGGCGCUGCAGGUGCUCGGCGUCUGUUUCGCCUGUUGCCUGUCCAAGAGCAUCCUCAAAGACUUCCACGAUUUCUACUACUGA